UGGGUGCUGGAGUGCCAGGCUGAGGGGCACAGCCUGAGGUAUCGUUGAGGGUGGCGGCCUCCCCGACCACACCCAGCCCCUGGGCCACACCGCCUGGGCCACACACCCCGCUGGCCGCCGCUGCAGGGGCGCCAUGCAGGUGUUCUCAGGUGAGGCGGGAGACGCUGCUCACCUAGCAAGACGAGGAAAAUUUUCCGCGGGGCUCGCGAGGGCAGCGGUCCUGCGCAAUGGGGGGGUUGCCGGGUGUCACCGGGCCCUCGCUGUGCCCUGGUCGGUCUCAUGCCACAGACAUCGAUAGGGAGCAGGGUGCGUACUGAGGAGGCCAAAUUCCAAGGCAGGGCGAGCGUGGAGGUCAGGGGCACGAAAAAAGAAUAGGUCUGGGGGUGAGGUCAGCGUCGGUGCGCACCUGGCAGGUGGCGGCCCCACCUGUUGAUCAGCGCCGCCACAGGUCCCCGCAUCGAUCCGUCAGUGGCGCCCAGCACCCCUGCGAGGCUGCACGUCGCUCCCGCGCCGCCCGCCGCCGCCGCACACCCGCCGCACCUCCCGUCCGUCCGCAGGGCUCCCCUGGCGCAGCGUGAGUGGCAGGUGGUGCCGCUGCCCCUACCGGAGGGUAGUGGCGCGCCGCCCCCCGACCCUCCCUCACUUGGGCACGCCUCCUAGCGCCUCCACUCCGUCGACCGCUGCAGCCCACAGCUCGCUCUCCGUAACCAACAAUUGGCAGCGUCACCUGCAGCAGCCCUCACCUGCCCGCCCUCACCUAUCAUGGCAGUGGCCCGUGGCCCAGCACAGCCCCGCGUUGGCAGGUCACAUGAGGCCGUGUAGGGACGCAGGAGGAGCGGCCGCACCAGCGAGUAACAGGUGUCAGAGCGAGGGCGGCCGGCGAGCCUCGCCUUCGCCGCGCUACAGCAUCGUGGCCGCAGUGAGUGUGUGUCUGGCGCCCCUUGGAGUGUGGUGUCCCUCAGGUGGUGUGCCGUGUGGGCCUCUGCCGCGGCGCCUUCUCGCCGUCCCUCCGUAGAUGAGUUCUUCGCGGCGACCCGCUGCCCCCUGACAGCUGGUCUGCCCGGCCACACCGUCGACAUCCAGGAGAGCCGCAGCCCGUGGCGAAGUUGAAAGUGGUAACGCGCCACCCGAGUUUGUGAUAUUAGGCUCGGCAGGUGCCUCGAGCUCCGCGUGGACAGGUGCUCCCCGCCUCACGCCCGCUGCCGUGCACUCGUUUUUUGUAGUCCUUUUGUAUUGAGUGUCGUCUUAGGAGAGUGAGUGUAUUAGUAUAUCGGUGCAGACAGCUUCCCGGGCCCCACCGAGGCUGUAGCAUGGUGAAUGCGACACGUCCUCAGCGCACGCAGUCUCGUUGGACCUCAAGAAUACUCAGUUAUGCGCGGCGCGCCUGCUCUCUAGUAUGAACGUAUCCGACCUCUUGCACCCCUUCAGCAUUCUCAUUGCACGUGCUGCAGCUGACCUCCGCCGAGCUGUCGUGUCAGCUGCCGUGUAGUUGUGUGGCGGCGCCCUUCCCGUGCCUCAGCGUCCACUUUCCUUGGGCCACGCCGAGAGGCAGCAGCCGCACAUAUACCAGCGGCAGAAACACUUGGAGGAUAGCCAUCACCACAAUCUUGCUUCGUGUCGCCAAGCUGAGGAAGGGAGAGGUGGCCAACACCCUCGAAAACGACUCUGAAGUCAUGAAGUCAGGAAAACGGCCAACCAUGUGACAUAAGGCCUAUCUGCUGUGGACGUCCCGGCGCACCCACAACCCACCCACCCCAUCCACCACCACCACCACCACCACUACCACCACUACCACAGCCACUACCAACACCACCACUACAACAGCCACCACCAUCACCACAUCCUCCUCCUCUUCCUCCGCCUGCGCCUUCGGGAGACGUGCCAGUAAAGCAGCGUCCGGUGGGGGCCGCAGUUCCUCCAUCACCAGUGGCACUGUAGGAGGAACCCACGGCACCCACACCACCACCACCACCGCCACCACAAUCUCCAACACGGUGAAGAUGCUGAGUCCCAAAAUGCAGCGUACAAUAAGAAUUAACGAGAACCAGGUGUUGAUGUUGGCAGAGAAGGCUCGCCACGAUCACAACUACUCGGGUUACCUGUACAAGCGUUCCUCAGACUCCAACAAGUGGCAGCUCAGGUGGUUCACGCUCUACCAGAACCUGCUCUUUUACUCUGAGGGCGAGGCGAGUGUGAAGCCCUCAGGAGUUAUCAUGCUGGAGGGCUGCUACUGCGAGCGGCUCAUCACCACCAACACUAACACAAAGAACAAGGACACAGACAAACAGUUCUGCUUCGCCAUCACGUAUCGCCGGGAGAACCAGCGGCAGUAUGACCUGCGGGCGGAGACGGAGGGCGAGUGCAAGGCCUGGAUAGACAUGAUUCGGAUGGCCUCCUUUAACAAGCUCCUGCUGCAGAAGGAGGAGCUGGAGCAGAAACACCUUCACCUGCUGCAGAUCGUGGAGAGCGAGAAAACGGCCAAGUGGCAGUAUACUCAACAGUGUGAGGAGCUGACGUCAGAGAUCAAGAAACUGCGUGCUGAGCUGUGCACUUUGAAGAAAGAGUGGCGGGUGGUCCCCCCUCGUAAGCUGGAGGACCUUCCGGAAGACUCAGAAGAGAUCAAGAAGAUUAAGAAGGUGCAGAGUUUCUUCCGAGGGUGGUUGUGUCGCCGGCGGUGGAAGCAGAUCGUGGAGGAGUACAUCAGGUCACCCCACGCCGAGAGUAUGAGGAAGAGGAACAGCUUGGUGUUCCGCAUGGUGGAGGCGGAGGAGGAGUACGUGGAGCAACUUAACCUGCUGGUCUCGUGCUUCUUGAGGCCGUUCAAGAUGGCGGCGUCGAGCAAGAAGCCCCCCAGCACCCACGAGGACGUCAACAGCAUCUUCCUGAACUCGGAGACUCUGCUUUUCCUGCACCAGAUCUUCCUGAAGGGUCUCUCUGCCAGGAUGGAGAGCUGGCCCACGCUGGUGCUGGACGGGGGUCGAGAGACAAGUUCGGCGGGCUCCUCCCCGCGGCAGAAGAGGACGUGUAGCACCAUCCAGCUGCUGGGGAACACGCAUCUGGGAGACUUGUUCGACAUGCUGCUGCCAAUGCUGAGCAUCUACCAGGAAUACGUGAGGAACCAUCACUACAGUCUGCAGGUCCUCGCCGAGUGCAAGCAGAACCCACACUUCAGCGCCUUCCUCAACCGCCUCGAGAACAAACCCAACCUGCAGGGCCGCACGCUGGAGACCUUCCUCACCUACCCGAUGCACCAGAUCCCACGUUACAUCAUCACGCUGCACGAGCUGCUGGCGCAUACGCCGCACAACCACGUCGAGAGAAAGAGCCUCGACAAUGCCAGGAUGCAGCUGGAAGACCUAUCGCGGCAGAUGCACGACGAGGUGAGCGAGACAGAGAACAUCCGGAAGAACUUGGCCAUCGAGCGCAUGAUCGUGGAGGGCUGCGACAUCCUGCUGGACGUCAACCAGAUGUUUGUGCGUCAGGGGUCGCUGAUACAAGUUCUGGGGGACAGACCUCGCUCGGCCAAAAGUCGUCUUAGCCAGUUCAAGAGCGAGAAAGAGGCAGUCCGCCAGUGCUUCCUCUUUAGCAACCACCUCAUAGUGGCGACCAGGACGUCCGGGGGCAAACUCCACCUGGUGCAGAGCGUGGGCAAGAUUCCCCUCAACGACGCCACGCUCAUCGAGGACCCCAAUGAGCUCGGCAACCAGGACGACGACGGAGAGUCGUCCGUGUCGUCGUUCUCGUCGCAGAGUAGCGGGGUCAGUGACAGCUCGGCCGCCACCAGCAGCAGCUCUGGCCACGCUAAGUUUCAGGUGGAGCAAGCCAAUCUGGACUUCAAAAUUGUGGUGGAGCAGAAAUGUGGCACGCCCAUCACCCUCCACCUGGUCGCCCCCACCAUGCAGGAGAAGCAGGCAUGGAUCAGCGAUAUCAGCCAGUGCCUGGAUAACGUGCACUUCAACAACCUGUUCAGAUCGUCCAUGUCAGACACUUCGUCCAUCACUAUGCCUCACUUCAUCAAGAACGAUCCCAAACUCUUUCGUGACGACGUAGACAUUCGCUUCUCACGCACCCUCAAUUCCUGCAAGGUCCCUCACAUCCGCUAUGCCACCCCCGAGAGACUCCUAGAGCGCCUCACUGACCUUCGCUUCCUCUCCAUCGACUUCCUCAACACGUUCCUGCUCACCUACCGGGUCUUCACGGACGGCAUCUCGGUGCUCGAGGCUCUCAAGAAAGUUUAUUACAGCCCAGACGUGCACGACCAAAUGGCUGACUCCAGGGAUUCCUCUGUUGAAAGGUCACCAGAAUACGUCUCAUCACCGCCACCAGAUCUGGACAGCGGACGUAAUUCACCACGACGUGUUUCCAACUUCAGCGCCUUCUCCGGCUUCGAGGUGGACCCGCCCAGGGAGCGCUGCUGGACCUUCGACGCACAGGUGGCCAAGGCGUCCGGGAACCAGCACUGGCGUUGGUCCUACAGGAGAUUCGAGGAGGAGCAGAGGGAGCUGGAGGAGCGACGUGCCCGGGAGGAGGCGAGCGAGUCUGGCGGCCAGAACACAGACAACAACCUGCCCGUGAGUGCACCCAACUCCCCCUUCAGUCCCAAGAAGGUAACCAUAAGGACGGAGGAUGACGCAAAGUUCCUCACCAUUCCCAAAGGUCGCCGCAACGUGGGCUCCACUUCCUCAGCCGACACACUCAUUGGGGAAGAAACGAGCCUGAGUCAGCCAGACAGCCCCACCGAUGCCUCCACGAGCACUCUGGUGGGCGGCUCAGGUCUGAUGGGAUUCUCUGAGUGGCGACUGCCGGGAGAGGGAGAGCGACCAAGCAGAAGCCGCAGAUCUUCCCGCAUCCUGGACGCCAUCACCUCCCCACCACGCCCCUGCUCUGUGCCCCGACGCUCCAUCCCGCGCAGAAUGUCCUCUCUGGAAGAGCGCCCACAGAUGGAGGCAGUGACAUCUGGUUCAGAGGCAGAAGACGAGCAGGAACCAAUCAGCCUUGGUCCACGACGUCCCUCCUCAAAUCGCUCCUAUAGUAGUGCCCUCACUGCCUCCUCGGGCUUCCUGGGGGUGGGUCCGCGCAGCAAGGGUAAGAGGAUGAGCGGUGAGAGUGACGCGGCCCUCACGCUGGGCGGCCUGGCAUCACCUCGCUCCAGCGUGCACACCGCCACUCCACGCUCCUCCUUCCAGGUGCCUGACUCACCAUCCCACUCGGUACCACGGGUGGGUGUCGUCAUCACCUCCUCCAGACAGUCCCAACGCAGAAGCAGCAGUGCAUCUGCUGCUGCUGCCUUCGCUGUAGCCACUGCAGGCUCCAGCAAUCCAAGAGACAUCCAAAAAACACCUCCCCUGGGCCGCUUCUCAGUGGGUGGGGAGGGGCGUAGGUCAUCCUUCCGGGAGCGGCCACGGCAAGAAUCCAUUAUCUCCACAGCAGCCACCAUGCGGGUCCUCAACGUCCUUCGCCACUGGGUGUCCAAACACUCACAGGACUUUGACAAUGACCACCGCCUGAGGAACAUGACCAUCGCCUUUCUGGAGGACCUAGUGUGCUGCCCCACACUGCUGCCAGCCGAGCACAAGGCUGCCUCACAACUCCUGAGACUUCUGACCAAAGAAGAGCCACCCAAUCCACAAGAGGAGCUUGCUAACCUCCUGGCACCUCCUUCUACCCCAAGCAAGGAGAACAUUGAGACCCUGUCAGCACUGGAGGUGGCUGAACAAAUGACCUAUAUUGACCAUCAGAUCUUUGUGGCCAUCAGGAGCGAAGAAUUUCUCAAGACAGCCUGGAUGAAGGAGGACAAGCAGCAGAGGGCACCGUACAUCCUCCUUAUCACUCGCCGCUUUAAUGAGAUGUCUCGCUUGGUGGCAUCUGAAGUCAUCCGUGGUGGCACAUUGGCCACACGUGUUGCCGUCAUAGAGAAGUGGGUGGCUGUAGCAGAUAUUUGCCGGUGCCUCCACAACUAUAAUGGUGUGCUGCAAGUGUGUGCUGCCUUCCAGAACUCCUCAGUGUUCCGCCUUAAGAAGACAUGGGAAAAGGUGUCUAAAACGACUCGACAGACUCUGGAGAAGCUGCAGGUGCUCGUGUCCUCUGAUGGGAGGUUCCGUAGUCUUCGUGAUGCCCUGCACCGAUGUGAUCCGCCCUGCAUCCCUUACCUGGGCAUGUACCUCACAGACCUCUCUUUCAUUGAAGAGGGCACACCAAACUUUACAGAAGAUGGCCUUCUGAACUUCUCUAAAAUGAGGAUGAUUGCACAUGUCAUCCGUGAGAUUCGUCACUUCCAACAGACACCUUACAAGAUUGAGUAUAAUGCACGUGUUGCCUCAUACCUGCUGGACCCAUCACUUCUGCUGAGUGACGACAACUUGUACCGCCUCUCACUGGACCUUGAGCCUCGCCGGUCCACCCUGACUCAUGUGACAGUUCCCCUCCUUGCCAAUGUCACAUCAUCUGCGUCCUCCUCCAGUUCUUCCUCCUGACAGCGGCGCCGCACAGUAGGAGACAUCUGGGUGAGCAUCUGAGGACCGCCCCCCUGCAGCUAAACAGGGGGGCCAUAGCAGAUCUCAAGCCACAUCUCACCCUGGCUCGGGACAUCAGAAUGGACACAUGGACAUCGACACUAUGGGUGGGGAUAAAUUUUGUCAGAGUAUUAGAUCUGACAGCACCAUAGUAACUUUUCUACAGUUAUUUAGCCACUACAUCUCAUACUAUGUACAUUUGUAUGAUUUAUUUUUCUGCAUUUAUUCAUUUCUUUCCCUUCUGAUUUCAUUUCCUUUGGCUUACUAGUUCAGGGGAAGUUUACAGUAUCUGGUUGAUUUCUCUUAAAGUUGGGAAGUGGCAUAGAGACUUUUGUACAGUUAUUUCUAUUCUAUAUCAAGGCAUCUUCUCUUGUGUGGUUAAGUAUUAUCCAUUAUUUUUUAGUAAAAGUGUAUGAAAGAUGUCAAGCAGUUUGUUGCUUGUCUCUGUAGCUGUGACAUUAUGUUAGUUAUUGAUUUAAUGUGACAUGAAAAUUAGCAGACCUCUGCUGAGGUCCUACUUAGACACUCUUGUAGCAACAGUUGCACAAACUGGACCAAAUACUCAGAGUAGAAGACUUAUACAAGUAAUGAAGAUAGUGACAAUUUCAAAUGAAUCCCAUAUUUAUCAUCAAGGGAGUGAUAUCAUCAUCACUGGCCACAUGCUGCACUGAACAUAAAUACUGUUCACCUCAUGUAGAAUCCAGUCUGGGUUUCAUGUUUCUUAGUCUGUGAGUGCUACUGACAUUUUACUAGAAGUAAAUGUAUAACAUGUAUUUCUGAAAAGAAACUGUUGGAAGUUCUGAUUCUACAACAUAUAGAAUUUAUCAUGCUUAUGAAUCUGUAAAUUAUAGUGGUGGGCUGUGGGGCUUUUUGGAGAUGGCCAACACAAUAAUUCUUCUUACAGUUCCCUUACAAUAUACUGUAACUCACUGUGUGGAUCUGCUAUUGUGGCCCCUUCUGAGGACUCAAAAUAAUGAAAGCUCCAGAAAAAUGUUUAUCACUUCUAGAUAUCUGCAGUUCUUAAGAGCUAUUGCAUGACUCAAAGUAUCAAAUUUCAUCUUCUUAAAAAUCAAGCUUUAAUAGUCCUAGUGUGAUGAUGUGCUAAAGAGGAAUAAGCUUUUUUGGUGACCACAAUGAGAUGGUAUUGUCAAGUGGAAGCCAUUAUGUAGAAAGAAGGGAUCAGAAAUUAUCUAGAGAUUGCAUCUUAACUUGUACUUUCUCCCAGAGAAGGCUUCAGGAUGAAUUAUUAAGAAUUUUCAAAAGCUUGCUGCUCUGCCACAUGUCUGAAAGAAUGGCUUAACUUCUACUUGUGAAAUUUGUCAAGUCAUUUGAUCAGAUACAUAGCUACUGUUAUAUCAAUGUGACUCCUGUGGUCAGUGUUUGUCGCAUUUCUGUGAGAUAGACAUUAUGUUUUCUCUUGAAGUGGCUUGUGAAGUUCUUGAAACUGGCUUGUCAAGUGGAACCAUUAAGUCAUACUCAGGCAAUACAAAGCUUGCCAUGAGGGUUAAAAGAUAGAAAUGUCAAAGCACAAUGCAUUAAUUAGCCAAGAAUGUUGACCAUGCAGCGAGUACAAUACUUUAGCUGGUGCCAGCUAGACUACCUCCAUGUUAGCCAGACACUUAAACCUCUAGUCCCUUGCCAGGUUUAUUUUUUGGCAUUAGUAUCAAGUCAUGCCAUGCAGUACUGUUUCCAAUGGCCUUCUGUGUGAUUCAACAGCCAUUGUAUCAGUCACAUUCAGUAUUACUGACAAGUUUUCAUGACUUACUUCUAUUGAUGAUCUUUUCAGAAUCUCAGCUGCCAGGUUUAUUUAACUUGGCUGCAACUGUCUAGUCAUCUGCAUCAUAUCAUAAUGCAACAACAUGAUGAUUUUAUAACAUUUAUAAGUGUAUCUUGAAUGCGUGAUAUCAGAAUAGGUGAGCUUGAUAUGAACUUAGUAUAGACUUUCAGUAACUGACCCUCUGAAUUUAUAGGAAGAUUGAAAACAAAGAAAUUACAUCCUAAAAAACUCCCAUGCACACUCACUCCAGAAUGCAGAUGUUUUCUUCAAGUGUCCUCUAGUCAGAGUGAAUGAUGUGUGAGGCAUUGGCUGGAAUAAUCAAAAUACCCUGACCCUUGUUGCUCACUGUAGCCCUUGCCUUGUGACUGUGCCUCUGCCCCUCACUGUUGGCCCUCCCUGUCACACUCCGGUAGUGCAUAUAGCAUUCCUCAGGCCUCAUUCUCACUGCUCUCGCAAGGAACCCCUGUGUACUUGAUCCUGGUGCAGUGAGGUGUUAUUGAAGAAUGAAUGGGUUCCUAAAUGUGUAUAAGUUUGUGUGUGUGUGUGUGUGUGUGUGUGUGUGUGUGUGUGUGUGUGUGUGUGUGUGAGAGAGAGAGAGAGAGAGAGAGAGAGAGAGAGAGAGAGAGAGAGAGAGAGAUUUAUCUGAUUCUUUUAAUCUAUGAUAUUCUUUCAGUAGAUUUAGACUGGAUUUUUAUAUCCACUUAACAUUAUUACAAAACUAUAGUAUAUGAUGCCCAUGAUUACCAGUCAUCUGAAAUAUCUAUAUAUUGUUAUCAGACAUCAUAUUGCUUUUAUGCAUUAUGUCUCAUGUUAUUGAGGUAAUAUUCUCACCUAAUUUGUAUCUUUUAUGUGAUAUAUUCAUUUAGUUGUUAUAUUUUACAUGAAAUAUCUCAUGAGGUACAUUUAUUACCUGUGUGUGUGUGUGUGUGUGUGUGUGUGUGUGUGUGAGAGAGAGAGAGAGAGAGAGAGAGAGAGAGAGAGAGAGAGAGAGAGAGAGAGAGAGAGAGAGAGAGAGAGAGAG